CUUAGUUUUCGACAUACUGUCAUGGGUCUUCAGGAAGAGCAAACGACCUCGCACGCCUUUGUAUUAGCGCUGCUAAAUAAUCUAGAGGCUCACGCUUCGACACCAAAGGAAUUGGAGAUCGUCGUGGAGCAGAUUUUGCCUGUCCUGGUACCAGCCAUUGUGCACUUGCUCAAGGCUGUAGAGGCCAGUGAGGAGCGGGACGAAGACAGCGAAGAUGUGGGUCCUCCGAUUCGACCUUUAGACCACCUCGCUCGGUUCAUGCUGCGCCGGAAUCCUCGGCACAACGACUCUACGGCUGAAAUGAUAGAACUUCAGGCGCUGGCGCGAAGAGUUUUACGGAAGUAACCCCGGCAGUUUUACAACACACUUGAUAGGUUCUCUCGAUAUGCGUUGAAUUUAAGCAUCAUGCAAGAAUACGUACUUCGAGUAUUAUUCUCUUUGCACUGGUAUCGCUGCUGCACAGUCGACGUCUUACGAU